UAUUCUCCUCUCCAGGAGAAACAGAACACAUACAGAGCCUGUCUCUACUACUACUCCUCUUCCUCUACAAAUUCUAAAGCGAGAGAGUCAGAGAUAUAGUCAUAUAGCUCAAAAAGGGUUAUAUUUACUUCAUCUAAUCUGGACUCCUAAGAAAAACAGAGACAGGAGAAACAGAGAAGUUUCAACUUAUGUCUUGUGGGUUUGAUCAGGUAACUGGAGCUACAAAAAAGCUCUGGAUCUCUCUACACUGUCUCUGCAUAACUCUUUGUCUCUUCUUCACUCUUUGUAAGCAAUCUUGGCGCCUUGAGAAAAGCAAGAAACAAACUAUUCUGACAAUUGUUAUACGAUCAAGAUCAAAACGGAAUUGUUCUUGGGAUUAUUGCUGCUUUGAGGAUUGUCUAACAAAGGAUUUAUUAUUCAAAUUGGGUGUUUUGGGUUUCCUGGUUAUCAACGGUUUUUCAAGAUUUUCCUUGUCUCCCUUCAGAUUCUCUAGUCUUCCUUUGGGAUAGUGUUUUUCUCUUUAAAAAUUUCACAGUUUCAUACAAUGCCAGGACUCAAAAACCCAAUGUUGGAUCAAAAUUUAAGUAAAAUCAAACAAAACAAUUUCAUUUCAACAAGAAAAGUUCGCAUUAUAUAUCAUGACCCUGAAGCCACAGAUUCAUCAAGUGAUGAAGAUGAAGAACUCAUUAAUGGAAGCAGCAAGCGAUUAUUUGGCAAUGGUAAGCGUUUUGUAAGAGAGAUUACUCUUUCAACUAUGCAAUAUGAAACAAGAAUUGAGAAUUCUUGCAAAACCAAAACCAAAAGUAAUGUUUAUACUAGCACCAAGUUGGGUGACAAGAGAACUCGAAUGUGUUCAUCUAUUUAUAAAGGAGUUCGACGAAGGCCAUGGGGGAAAUAUAUAGCGGAAAUUAGAGAUCCAGUUAAAGGGACUAGAUUAUGGCUUGGUACUUUUGAUACCGAGGAGAUGGCUGCUGCUGCUUAUAGGAAAAAGGAGUUGGAGUUUGAGACGAUGAUGGUUUCACAAGUUGUAUCAGAAGAAUCCAAUGCUAGUUCUGUUUUGUUUUCUCGUCCAUCGCCAUCUUCGGUUCUUGAUAAUGGAGUUGAAAGUUCGAUUAAACAGGAAACUAAUAUGGAGUAUAACGACUAUGGUGACUGUUACUCACAAUUUAGUAAUGAUUUUGGUCAAUUCUUUGGUGGUGUCAAUGAUACCGAGUAUUUUUCUGUGCCCGACUGCGAAGGGUUGGUGGAUUUUCCAUUGUCUGGGAUGAUUGAUCUUCCCAACAUUGAACUUGAGAAUCUUGAUUUGCUGGAGAAAGCUCUCAAUUUUACAUAACCAAAAUUUUUGUUUUGCAUUUGGGAAUUAUAGAUAGUUAUAGGCAUGUUUUACAGUACAGAACAAUAUUCCAACUUCGGUAAAGUAAAGCUUUUUUCUUGGUUUACAAUUGAACUCUCUUUGAUGGGCUAGUAAGAGCAAAAUAGAUGUAUGAGCUAGUGUUUUGACUUGUUAAAAGUUUUAAUUUGAUUUCCCCUUAUUUUUCCUCAA